AUGAACGACCGGACUGAGUCUACAGAGGAAGCGGAGAGCCCAGCAGACGGCCUCACCAACACCACCGCCACCACCACGCCCAACCUCCCCGCUGCUCCCUCCCCGCGAGUCUCGGGCGAGAGCCACCACUUGAAGAAGAAGAGGAGCGAGAACGUGGGGGAGAGCGAGGUGGUGAAGGCCAAGAAGGACAGCAAGGACCACCGUAAGAACGGCGGCGGCGGCCAGAAGAAGAAGUCCAGCGAGCGCCGAGAAGCGAAGCAGGACGAACGCGAGGCCAUGACCACCGGCAGCGACCCCGCACCGCACGACACCUCCAGCGGCGGCACCAAAGCGGAAGACGGGAAGCCGUCGCGCCACAACGACGACGACGACGACGACGCGGGGACCAACGACGCGCUGCACCCGCCCACGCCCUGGCCCGGUCGGCUGCACGGACAAAACAACAGCAGCAGCAGCGGAACGGUCAGGACGACGGCAGCGACGGCAACGAGCAGCAAGAGGCAGAGCGGUGACGCCGCCGGAGGCGAACCGGCGGACAAGCCCAACAGGCGGAAGGAGAAGAGACACGAGAAGGAGGCGGCGGCCUCGCCGGAGGUCAAGCCCUACGCGGAGCCCGCGCACGCGUCGCCGCCGAGCGACAAGCGACGGAAGGAGGAGAGGCGCAAGGAGGAGCGACGCACUGAUCAUCUCAAGGUGGAGGCCUGCGAACAGCAGCGGAGGGCGUCGUCGGAGCUGCUGCGCGGGCACAAGGAGAAGGGGCGAGCGUUCUGGAACAAGGAGCGGACCCCGCGUCGAGGCAUACUCGUGCGCUCCCUGUCCGCCGAGCAGCUCCCGACGACGAGCCACAAGAGCUCCCAAGGGUGUCUCGACGGCGACGUGGUGCCGCCCAAGAGGAAGAAGGCAAAGAAGCACAAGCGCAAGGCCCUUCAGGACGAGGGCGUCAAGUUCGACAAGGUGGUGGUGCGGCACUACCCGCGAGAGGUCGCCAUCGGCGGGUGCAUGCUCGACCCCGACCAGGGACCCUUCCUCGGCAUCGGGUGGGACUGGAAGCAGGAGGAGGUGCACAACUUGUACUCGUUCGAGCGAUUGCGCGAUCCCGACCGAACACACAUGGCGCGGGCCAUCCCCUCGAUGGCCCGGCAGGCGCUGCUCGUGCAGUACGGCCUCAACGAAGAAGAGAUCCGGGAGAUGAUCGCCGAGAUGCGGCGCAAGGACAAGGAGCUUCUGCGAGGCGGGUCCAUCGGCAUCCUCCCCUCCUUCUGGCCCUGGAAGAAGGCCGGCUGA